AUGAAUUUGAUAACACCUGUUCCCCCUUCACCUCCCCAGUCAACAGAUGGGACCUCCCUUAUAGAAGAGCCCUUCGAUGGCCGCGGAGGUUACCCGCCUAUGUACAGAGGCAUGAACGUGGCUUCUAAUGAUUUCAACGGGACCAUGGCCCAUGGCAUGCAAUAUGGCUCUCCUUCAACCUUCAACGCCAAUACUUUCCCUCAAACUAUUCCGCCUCAGAUGAUGAUGAUUCCUGGUCCUCAGGUAAACACACCUCCUACAGGAGCAGAUGAACAGUUUAUGGGAUUGCCCACUCCACCUCGCCGCCGUGCACCAGCAGGCAAGGCAAAACAACAACGGCGCAACCGUACCAGAAGCACUCUGUCUGAACCUGGCUUGAAGAUUGAGGAGGCUAUCAGCAAACUUACCGAAGACUAUGAUGUUCCAAUCAAGGAUAUGGACGCGUGGGUUGCCCGACCUGCUGAGAUUCGCAGGAAAGAAGCCAAGGCCAAGGGAAGGAUCUCCCGGCCAAUGAACUCCUUCAUGCUCUAUCGCUCGGCAUACUCAGAACGAACCAAGAAGCUCGUCGGGGUGACCAACCAUCAGGUCGUCUCCAGGAUUGCGGGUCAAGGCUGGAAGUUGGAGCCGCAUGAUAUCCGCAAAAAGUAUGAAGACUUGGCCAAGCUUGAGCGCGAUGCUCACGCCGCAACCCACCCGGAAUACAAGUUCUCCCCAAACAAGCAAGGUCAGAUUGUCAGCCGGCGAGAUGAAGAAUCUUCUCAUUUACAAUCUCACGUCCUCGAGGAGGGAUUCUGCUCGGAUUUUGAGAGUGAAGUUGGCUCAACAGUUUCCAGAAUGACACCAGGGCCAUCAUUUGCACACUCCCGCAACCAGAGUUUUGAAGAGAGCUACUUCGACAUUAGCCGGGAUCCCUCACCAUACGGAACCCCCGAGCACGGCAUGUCCAUGCCCAACUACAUCAGCUCCUCCUGGUCCAACACAAGCCACCCCACUGGCCUGUCAAUGCAGUCCAACUCAUUCCAUGGCAUGACCCACAUGGAGGAAGACCACUUCCGCGCAGCCAGCCCCCCAAUCCAGCAGGACACCCAAUACGGUUCCUCGCUCGCUGGUCUCCCCGGUGCCUCACAUCACGAGCUGCUCCAGCCGCAAUCUACGCACGCAGCCCCCCACAUGGACCCGGCGCUGCUCGUGUACCCCAAUGGCACUGAAGCUGUCGGGCUCCCCAACAUGACCGGAGCUGCCUUCGCCUCUGGUAUCUCAUCAUACCCAAACUGGGGCGAGGACACCACCACAAACUACUUCCCCGGCACAGCAGCCCCACCCAUGACUGCCAGCCCGGCCCCAUACCAAAACCCUCAUAUGGUCUCCGCCUACCUCCCCAGCAUGCACAACACCGAUGCUCGGGACCAAACAUGGGACUUGCAACGCGAGCAUCCUGGCAUGACUGAUACUAUUCAUAGCGAGUUUGAUAUAUGGUGCGGCGAGGCCCCAGCCCAAAACUACUAA